AUGUCCACCUCAAACUUCACCCAAACUCAACUUGAAAUCCGCACCGCCAUCCAAUCCCUCUGUACAUCUUUCCCAGACCACUACUGGCGCAGCCACGACACUGAAGCCAAAGACCCCAGCACCUUCCACUCCGCGCUCGCGGCUGGCGGCUGGCUCGGCAUCGCACUGCCCACGUGCUACGGCGGCUCCGGGCUCGGCAUCUCCGAAGCAACAAUGAUGAUGCAAACGAUAUCUGAGUCCGGGGCCGGAAUGGCAGGCGCACAAGCAGUACACGGGAAUGUAUACGCCACGCAGCCGCUUGUACGGCACGGCAGUGCUGAAAUGUGCGAGAGUCUAGUGCCACGGAUAGUAAAGGGGGAAGUAAGAGUGUGUUUUGGGGUUACGGAGCCGGGGAGUGGGUUGGAUACUUUGGGGUUGAGGACGCGGGCUGUGAGGGAAGGGGAUGAGUAUGUGAUUAGUGGGGAGAAGGUUUGGAUUACGGCGGCGCAGGUGGCGGGGGUUAUGAUGCUUUUGGCACGAACAGGCGACGGAGACAGUGAUGGUGGUAAGAGUAUUGGUAAAGAUGAUGGAGGGAAGAAAAGAUCCCACGGCCUCAGUCUCCUCUGCAUCCCCCUCGACCGCGCAAACCCCGCCCUGGAAAUCCGCCGCAUCCGCAAAAUGGGUGGUAGAGCAGUCGAUGCGAAUCAAGUCUUCUUCGACAAGUACCGUGUCCCCGCUUCUUCGCUUAUCGGUGCUGAGAACCACGGGUUCAAGAUUAUCCUUCAGGGAAUGAAUGCGGAGCGGUGUCUCCUCGCGGGUGAAGCACUCGGUUUGGGGUACUGUGCCCUAUCCCGCGCCGCAGAAUACGCACGCACACGUGAAGUAUUUAACAGACCUAUUGGUAUGAAUCAGGGUAUUGCGCAUCCGCUUGCAGACGCGUAUAUGGCGCUUGAAGCGGCGAAGCUGGCGACGUAUCAUGCGGCGCAGUUGUAUGAUGAGAGUCAGCAGGAGGGCAGUACGGUGACGCACGAUGAGGUGGGCGUGGCGGCGAAUAGUGCAAAGUAUCUUGCUGCUGAGGCAGCCUUUCGUGCGUGUGAGAGGGCUGUGUUAACGCAUGGGGGUAUGGGGUAUGCGGAGGAGUAUGAUGUUGAGAGGUGGUUUAGGGAGAGUUUGGUGCCGAGGAUUGCGCCGGUUAGUAGGGAGAUGAUAUUGAAUUAUGUGGGCGAGAAGGUGUUGGGAUUACCGAGGAGUUAUUAG